AUGAAGCUAUUGUGCUGGAAUUGUCAGGGGUUGGGCACACCCUUGACAAUUCAGGCAUUAAGGGUCCUAGCGACCCAGGAAAGGCCCAGUAUUAUGUUUAUUAUGGAGACAAAAAAUCAAGAACUCAAGGUGCAGCGUAUAAGAAGGAGGCUGAAAUUUCACAAUGGCUUUGUGGUGAAUCCAGAAGGAAUAGGUGGAGGAUUGGCUCUUUUCUGGGAUGAGCAGAUUGUGGCCCAAAAGUUGGGAGAAUGGAGUAAAAAUAGGACGGUAAAUGCAGAUAUUAGAAUUAAGGUGCUGAGAAAUGAGCUGCAAAGAUUGACAAAUAGUGUUGGGAAGGAAAAAGAAAGUGAAACAGCAAAGCAGAUAACCCAGGAGUUAGAAAAGCUGUGGAGUCAAGAGGAGAUGUAUUGGGGAAUGCGCUCGAGAAUUACUUGGCUCAAGUGUGGGGAUAGGAAUACUAAAUUUUUCCAUGCAUCAACUAUCCAAAGGAGAUCCAGAAAUAGAAUUACCUUGCUGAAAAACGCUGAAGAGGAAUGGGUGAAUGAGGAACAGUCUUUGAAGGAGAUGACAGUCGCUUCUUCAAAAACUUAUAUAACUCAGUUGGGCCUCGCAACUUUCAGCCUGUAA